AUGUCUUCGACACCAGCGAGCAUGAACGCGCGGGACCUAUCGCCCACGAGGGACGGGUCCACCUCUGAAAAGGACAGGCUCGACCAUGGCGUGACCGCCGGCGAGGUCGAGCCCAAGGGUGGCGACUCGAUCAGCAGCUCGGGCGCGCCGAGGCAGACCAUCUUCGGCGAGAAGAAGGAGCAGCACCGCAGCGAAGAGGACUACAUGUACGAGAAGCAAAAGAUCUCGGAGGGCGACCACAAGUUCCACAAGCUCGGGUGGAUCAAGCUCACCGUCUGCCUGAUUGUCGAGGCCAUCGCCCUGGGCAGUCUCAGUCUGCCGAGCGCCUUUGCCACGCUCGGCAUGGUCGCCGGCACCCUCCUCAGCGUUGGCAUGGGCCUCAUCGCCAUCUACACCAGCUAUGUCGUCGGCCAGGUCAAGAUCAAGUUCCCGCACGUCUCCCACUACGCCGACGCUGGCAGGCUCCUCUUUGGCCGCUUCGGCUAUGAGGUCGUCAGCGUCAUGUUUGUGCUCCAGCUCGUCCUCCUCGUCGGCUCCCACUGCCUGACGGGCGCCAUCGCCUUCCUCAACAUCACCGACAACGCCAUCUGCUCGCUCGUCUUUGCCCUCAUCUCGGCCAUCAUCCUAUACCUGAUCGCCAUCCCCCCGACCUUCUCCGAGCUCGCCAUCCUCGGAUACAUUGACUUUGCCUCAAUCAUCAUCGCCAUCGGCAUCACGAUCAUCGGCACCGGUGUCCAGGCGGGCAGCCAGGCCGGUGGCCUCUCUGCCGUCAACUGGUCCGCUUGGCCCAAGGAGGGCGUCACCUUUGCCGACGCCUGGCUCGCCAUCACCAACAUCGCCUUCGCCUACAGCUUCGCCGUGUGCCAGUUCUCGUUCAUGGACGAGAUGCACACGCCCAAGGACUACGUCAAGUCGAUUUGGGCCCUGGGCAUCAUUGAGAUCUUCAUCUACACGGUGACGGGCGCGCUCGUCUACGCCUUUGUCGGCGUCGACGUCAAGUCGCCCGCGCUCCUCUCGGCGGGCACGACGCUGUCCAAGGUGGCGUUCGGCAUCGCGCUGCCCGUCAUCUUCAUCUCGGGCUCCAUCAACACCACCGUCGCCGCGCGCUACAUUCACGGCCGCGUCUUUAAGAACUCGGUCAUCCGCUACGUCAACACCAAGAUGGGCUGGCUCACCUGGCUCGUUCUCAUUUUCAUCAUCACCCUCAUUGCCUGGAUCAUCAGCGAGGCGAUUCCCUUCUUCUCGGCGUUGCUUGGACUCAUGUCUGCGCUGUUUAUCAGCGGUUUUACGUUCUAUCUGCCGAGUCUGAUGUGGUUCAUGCUGAUCAAGGAGGGCUCGUGGCGCUCGAAGCACAACCUGACGCUUUCGUUUGCCAACGGCGCCACGUUUGUCAUUGGCAUCGCCAUCCUUGGCUGCGGCACGUAUGCCUCGGUCAAGGACAUCAUCAACCAGAACAACUCGGGCGACGUCCGAGGCUCGUUCACCUGCGCGCCGAUUGCGUAG